AUGCAUGCGACCAUCUUCGAAGAUCGACCUUCGUGCUUUUUUCAACGCCAUGCCAUCACGGCAAUUUUUGAAGAAGUCGCCUCUGAAAACCCAGAGAAGCUCGCUCUAGUCAGUCGUUGCGGAACUUUGAGCUACGCCGGCUUGAACGAGCGAGUCAAUCAGCUCGCACGUCACCUACGCUCUCUGGGAAUCGGUCUAGAGUGUGUAGUUGCUGUUGCUUUGGAAAGGGGAAUCGAAUACGUUGUUGCCAUGCUUGCGAGCUGGAAAAUUGGUGCUACGUAUCUACCGCUUGACCAAUCACUGCCCGCUAAGAGAAUGCAAUAUAUGAUGUCGGACAGUGGAACUUCCUGUCUUGUCACCGUCAAGAAAAUCAUCGAGGAGAAGUCUCUCAAAUUGAAGGCUGGAACGACCCUAUGCCUGGACGAAGAAGAACUCAUUGAUAGGCUGAGGGCAUGUCCUAGCGCGGACAUAUCGUCUGUAGCGUAUCAUGACAAUUUGGCAUACAUCAUUUAUACUUCCGGUACGACUGGGAAUCCCAAAGGUGUCGCUAUUACGCAUGGAAGUGUCUUCAAUCUGGUUGAUGAUAUUCGACAGAGUCGCGAAAUCGAGCCUUCCGAUCGAGUGUUGCUAUUUUCGCCUUUCUGCUUCGACGCUUCGAUACGAGACAUCAACGGCGCACUGGUGCUAGGUGCUUCGUUGUAUGUCCCAGAAGAAGAGGAAAUCCUCCCCAGCAAUCUCGUGAAGACCAUUGCGCAGCAUCGAAUCACCAACUCAGUCAUCACCCCCUCGGUCCUCCGGACCUGCACGUUGGAACACCUGCCAGACUUCAAGACCAUUGUUCUUGCUGGUGAAGCCGCUGACGCGUCUCUCAUCAGGACUUGGGGUGCGGGGAGGAAAUUGAUCAAUGCUUAUGGUCCUACAGAAGCCACUGUCUGCAGUACGAAGCGGGUGUACUAUGACGGCCAAAUCCCGUCGGGGUGCUCUGCAUCAGUGAUUGGAAACCCAAUAUUGAACACAAUUAUCAGCAUUCUUGAUGAUGACGAUAUUCCUGUUAAACAUGGCGAAGUUGGCGAGAUAUGCGUUACGGGGCCCGGAGUCAGUCGCCCUGGCUACCUCAAUAUGCCACAACUCAACGCUGAUCGUUUUAGAGAUGACUCAUUUUGUCAGUGCCGUUCUUACAAAACCAGGGACCUUGGAAGGAUUCUGCCCAACGGAGAGGUCGAGUGCCUUGGACGCAAGGCUUGCACGAGGCAGAUCAAAUUGAACGGACAACGUAUAGAGCCGGAAGAAGUCGAAAACGUCAUACGCAGCGCUUUCAAUGUCCUUGACGUGGUAGUAAUUUCACAAGGAGUGGCGACAACUUGCAGCUUAUGCGCAUACGUGGUGCCUGCACAUGAGGGCUCGACAGUCAACAGAGAGGCACUCACAGCGCAUUUGAAAGAGCUCAUGAGAAAAAACCUGCCUUCUUACAGUAUUCCAAGCGUCAUAGAAGUCAUCGACGCCCUUCCAUUAUCUGCGAACAAGAAAUUGGAUAUCAAGGCUCUGUCGGACCCGGCGUUCAAAAAAGUUAGGUGUUUUCGUUCUAGUCGCGAGACACUUCUCACACCGCUUGAAAAGAAAAUUGCAGCAGCAUUACUAGAGGCUCUGGAUUUGCCGACAGAGCAAGCUGUGUCGCCCGGAACAACCUACGGGGAGCUGGGUGGCAGCUCACUGCAGGCAUCAUUGGUCCUACGCCGUCUGAAUGGGUCUAUUGGCUGCAAGAUUCAAUUUGGACAAUUCUACCGAAGAGACAUCUCGAUACGUCAUCUUGCGGACCUCAUAUUGGGGGAGCAGCAACAGCAAGCAAGCCCACCACCUGACGACCUACUGAAACGAACAAUUCUUCCACGUGAUAUUGUCUACAAUCUAGAAGAAGCGAAUAUCACCGGCACCAUUGAGAUCCUCCGAUUUGCCAGCACCCUUACUCAAAAGCGGCUGACUUACAUCUCAACCCUCGCCGUAUUCUUUGGCAUCGGCAAUAAAAUUCACUGCGGAAUUGAAGUCCCCGUCAACAACCUGCAGUCUGGCAUCGUGACAGGAUAUGCACAGUCCAAAUGGGUGUCCGAGCAGCUGGUACUUGAAUAUGCACGAUUGGGCGGACAUGCUCUUGUCCUUCGACCGGGUCGUCUGCUCGGCAGCACUUGGAACUACAAAUGUCCUCGAGAUGACUUCACUAUCCGUCUAAUCGCGUCGAUUCUAGAAAUGGGGGUCGCACCUAACUUCGACGAUAUUGGUGGAAAAAGUUGGCAAAUUGAUCUCACGCCUGUAGAUUUUUGUGCUCGGUUAGCCCAUCGGUUUUCGUUGCAAAAGAAGACUGGAAUUCGGCAUAUCAUCAACAAGGAAACCAUUUCAUUUGAAGCUAUCGUCAAAUCUCUGGGCGAACAUAUUCAGCGGAUGCCUUAUCGGCAAUGGCUGCAGCUAGUCACCCAGUCCGCGCACCUCGCCCCUUUGAGCUCACUCUUCCACGAGCCGGUCUCGGAUCAGGAUAGCAGGAGUGUUUUUGAGGUUCUGCUCCAGACGAAAAUAUUUCGGUACAGCAGCUAUGAAGCUAUAGUGCCGAAGGACGACACCGAUCAGCUCCCGUUGACUAUCCAAUUGCUCAACAACUAUCUGGAAGGAAAUCUGGAUAUCUUUUCUAACAGUAGAAAGCAUAAUACUCCUAGCGUAUGGAACUGA